CGCACCAUGUAUACACCCUCUUCUUGUUCACCAAAGCGGACAUGAAGACAACCUUCCUUUCGAUACUCUGGUUCAGCUUAGCUCUUGCACCAGUGCACUCUCUCCCGCGGGCCCUCCGUGCGGCAUUUUGGCUCUGGAUCCACCUCUUGCAUUUUACUGUCGCGAAUCAGGUGUACGCAAUGCACGAGGAUGCUAUUAACAAAGCACACCGGCCACUACCAGCAAAACGGAUCACCAUCCACAACGCUAUCAAACUCCGUUGGGUCUCAAUCCCGUUAUGUCUCGGUAUCUCGCUUCUAUAUAGCGUAGAGACGCUGUAUGCCAGUGCCUCUUUCAUAGCUCUGACGUUCAUAUACAAUGAACUACACGUCGACUCUGGCUUCUGGCUGUUUCGGAACAUAGUGAAUGGCUUGGGGUUUGCGGCCUUCGAAUGGGGCACGACGCUUUUGGCCGGGACCGACUGUCAGCACUUAGACCCAGCUGCACAGCUUGCAAUAUUCAACAGCGCCGCAAUCAUUGUCACUACGAUACAGGUGCAGGACUUCAGAGAUGUCGUGGGCGACGCACGUGUUGGCCGUGCCACUCUCCCGCUCAUAUCAGAGCGCUGGGCACGCAUAAGCGUUAUUACGACAAUUCUCCCAUGGUCGCUUGCGCUUUCACGGGUGUGGGAGCUCAACAGCUUCGCCGCAGCACUCUUCGUUGUCCUAGGCAUCUUCGUGGGCUUGCGAUUUCUGCUAUACAGAUCCGUCCGCAGCGAUGCGACAUCGUACUAUGUCUACAACAUAUGGUUGUCAUACGCGCAUUUCCUGGCCGCUUGUUGGCGAUACAAAUCCUUAACCUGAGCUGUCGUCGCAGCCUGUCCCCCCUUCGUCUUGGGACUUCGAAUUUGAUGGUUCUAUCCGGGAACUGAGAUGCAGACGCGAUUUGUGUGCCAGUCUUUCGCAGCUGAUGGUUUGGAUAGCGACAAAUUGAAGUUAAAAUGGCAAUGCGCUGGUCUCUUAUACACGACAAUCCAAU